AUCAGCACACAACAUUCUGUUCUCCUUUGAAGUUCCAGCUAUCCACAGACAAGGCAAACAUUUCUCACACUACUAUGUCUCUCCGAUUUUCUAGUGGGUCCAGGCAUAUUUGCUUGCGGUCUGGAACUAGAUCUACCAGACCACCCAAUGGAGGCAUAGGCUUUGUAGGUAGCAAUGCAUACAGCAGCUCGGGUGCCGGAAGUGGAUUUUCCUGUGCUUUGGGAGGGGGCUUGGGCAGCGUUUCUGCUGGGAACUAUGCUGGUGGUGCCCUUGGAAGUGCUGCUUGUGCUGGCUUUGCUGGAAGUGAAGGGGGACUCCUCUCUGGGAAUGAGAAGGUGACCAUGCAGAAUCUUAAUGAUCGCUUGGCAUCCUACCUGGAUAACGUGCGCGCUCUGGAGGAUGCAAAUGCUGACCUAGAGAGAAAAAUCAAGGGUUGGUAUGAAAAAUAUGGUCCUGGAUCUUGCCGUGGACUUGAUCAUGACUACAGCAGAUAUCACCUAACAAUCGAAGAUCUUAAUUNNNAGAUUAUCUCUUCCACUACUGCAAAUGCUAAUGUCAUUCUGCAGAUUGACAACGCCAGACUGGCUGCUGACGAUUUCCGGCUAAAGUAUGAAAAUGAGCUCGCCCUCCACCAAAACACAGAGGCCGACAUCAAUGGGCUACGGCGCGUCCUGGACGAACUGACACUCUGCAGGACUGACCAGGAGCUGCAGUAUGAAUCCCUGAGUGAAGAGAUGACCUAUCUCAAGAAGAACCAUGAAGAGGAGAUGAAGGCGCUGCAGUGCGCGGCCGGAGGCAACGUGAACGUGGAGAUGAACGCGGCGCCCGGCGUGGACCUCACGCUUCUGCUGAACAACAUGAGAGCCGAGUACGAAGGCCUGGCCGAGCAGAACCGCAGGGAUGCGGAGGCCUGGUUCAACGAAAAGAGCGCCACCCUGCAGCAGCAGAUCUCCGACGACGCAGGCGCGGCCACCUCGGCCAAGAGCGAGCUGACCGAAAUGAAACGCACUCUGCAGACCCUGGACAUCGAGCUGCAGUCCCUCCUGGCAACGAAACACUCCCUGGAGUGCUCCUUGACCGAGACCGAGGGCAACUACUGUGCGCAGCUGGCCCAGAUCCAGGCGCAGAUCGGAGCCUUGGAGGAGCAGCUGCACCAGGUCAGAACUGAGACCGAGGGCCAGAAACUGGAGUACGAGCAGCUCCUUGACAUCAAGGCCCACUUGGAAAAAGAAAUUGAGACCUACUGCCGCCUGAUCGAUGGAGACGGAAACUCAUGCUCCAAAUCAAAGGGCUUUGGAUCAGGAAGCUCAGGAAAUUCAUCUAAAGAGUUAUCCAGAACCACACUGGUAAAGACGGUGGUUGAAGAGAUAGAUCAACGUGGCAAAGUUCUUUCAUCGAGGGUUCAGUCCAUAGAAGAAAAGACAUCCAAAAUGACCAAUGGCAAGAUAGAACAGAGGGUUCCUUUCUAACUGUUAUUUUUGAGAAAAGGAUCAUUUGGGGAAAGAGCAUGCAAAACUGCUUUCUUCUAAAUAUCAAGGAGAUAAUAAAAACACUUUCUACUCUUAGAGAUAAGUUACUUACCUGUUUUCUUAGUUACCUUUUAUAGGAAGUUGGGUGUCUGUUUUCAAAUAAAUAAAAAAAGGUGAUGUGGACAUAUCCAUUUAUUCAUGACUAAUCAUUAUUUGAGGUUUUUUCUGUGUCUAAUUCAUAGGGAGACAUUUAUGGAAUAUAUUUUAAAUGACUUUUGCUCUAGUUUUUUUAAAAUAGUCAAUACCACAUGGCAUUUAAAUAUUAAAUAUUCACUAGGCAGAAUCUUUAAAUCUCACCAUUUUUGCCUGAGCAAAUAAUCUGGAAAAUUUUAGAAAAAUCUCCUGUGAUUGAAAGUUCCACCGCUAGAUGGCGCAUUCCUGGUGUUUCACCUAUGAGUUUAUCUCAAACUCUUCUGGAGAUUUGGAUACUGUUCAGGAUAGCUAUUCAUCCCAGAGAAUCAGCAUCAUCUCUAGAAAGAGCCAUAGCAAUGAUCCUCAUUCCAAUGACCUUUUUUCUAGAUCAGAGGUUGGCAAACUUUUUCGUAAAGGCUCAGAUGGUAAAUAUUUUAGGCUCUUUAAGUUCUCUACUUCAACUACUGUUCAACUCAGCCAUUGCAGCAGAGAGCAACCAUAAACUAUAGAUAAGCCAAAGAGCCUGACUAUGUUCUAAUAAAGUUUUAUUUAUGGACAUUGAAA